AUGAGGGACUGGCUCGAACACCCUUACGAGGCGCUGGCUCCUCCUUUGUUCAUUCAAGGUUCCUUUGCGGACCUCGACCUUACCCUCAUUCCACACGGUUUAGUUGGUUUGAGAGUGGCGAAGAACUGGAUUUGCGAAUCUUUCUAUAGAUUGAACCCAUCCAAGAGCCCCCAAUUUCUGACGACCUUGAUGAGAAUCACCAGUUUGAGUUUCGCUUUCGACCGGAAUGAUGCUCCCACCUACAUUGUUCAGGCAAAGUGUGUCACCAAAAAUACAUUUACCGAGCUCCUCCGACAGCCAGAUAAUCGCUACCUGGUGCUGGACAUGUUCAAUUCUUACCGAGGAGCUACUCCCAGCAGUAUGUCAUCGGGAAUUCUGUUUCUACUACAUGUCCUGGACAACGGUUUACGUGUCAAUCUAUCCGUUCUAUGCGACUGCAUUGAGGAUAUCCUUGCCUCUUUCGUUAUAAAUCACAGAAUGGAUCCCAUCCUGGACAAACUUCCACUGCACGGUGCUGUUCUUCCAUCCGACUGGUUCUUUGUGGCUUGCCCAUAUUACCAAUAUCACACCGUUACUUCGCAAUAUUUUCAUCUUCCGGCUUUGCAGAACUCUCUGCCUUGUCGCUCACAACACACGAUACCCUAUGGUGAAGUGCAAAGUGAAUACGAUCGUGCUUUCGCAAGCAAUGAACCUCAGCGCCCUGCAUACUAUCAAAAACUCGUGAACGAUGUUGUUGAGCACAUGGCGCUUUUGCUCGGCAGAGGAAUGCCUCGCUUGGAUGGCUACCUGCGAGUUAUUCUCAAUACCAACAAGGCUUCGAGCGGUCUUGUCAAACUUGUUCACAAAACGAGGCAAUUUACUCAAACUUCGUUGAUGCGACAACUGGUUUAUGAAAAGACUAGUGACACUCCCCAUCUUCUUUCUUCGGAUAUGGUUGCUGCACAGUCUAUGAUGAGGGCGGAGGCAGCUGCCUUCGUGCCUCGCAUGCAGCGUCCCAAAGAUGGUGAGGCGGAUAGAGAGGAAGUAAAGGAGAAAGAAGUUUCAGGGAUUGUCGAUUCUGAGGCCACUGAUGAUGUGGAAGAUAUGGACGAGGCGGUCACAUCUCUCACAUCCCUUGACCCUGUGCCAGACGAGUCCGUUCGCUCCAACGGGCCAUCGGAAGAGCAGGUCUUGGCAGCUCGCACGAUUCAGUAUGCAUAUCACUAUCACAUUUGGCGCCGUUCAGGCUCUGCUGUAGAUACAGAACUCCAUGCGAUAUUCACGACAUGCCUCAAGGAGACGCGGUCCUUUAAAUGGCGUCCAAGUUAUUACCGUCUUCUUUUCCUCGGACCAACAUCAAUAUUAACAUUCAAUCUUCAACACUACAAAUUCUGA